GCUUUAUUUUGACGUGCUCCAUCCACCAACGAGUCUGCGCGCUGCAAGAGAUUUCUGUUUGGCUUUUCCCGGCAGCGACGGAUACACCUAUUCCCGUCAGUCACGUGGUGAGCUUUCGCGGGUAAGGAUCGCGUUCCUUUGUCGGCUUUUUUUCCUUCGGUGGUGUAAAAGAGACCCGAGAACCGAGAGCGAGAAAGAGAGGAAACAUCUGGAUUCAUUACGGUUCAAGGUGCAUUUUAAACAUUGUCGCCAAAGGUUGUCACAGCAGACAAUACCUCAUUGUGGAGGGAAGCGAUCGACACAAAAGACAUCGGCAUGUUUCGAACUCGGCGAGCAAACGUCGCGACGCCGAUGGAAGCGGUAACGUGACAAAGAUCGAGGUGGUGCUCCAGGAAGCACCAGACGCUGUUGACGUCGGUUCCAUGUCAUCGGAAUUGGAAGCCACCUCCGAACUCAAUUCGACCUUUCCCAACGGGAUUGCAGGAACGGGUACGAUAGUGGUGCGAGCCGAGGAGGUCCUGAUCGUCGUUCUUGUCUUGGUUCUGUGGGUAGCUGCCAUCGCUCUGUUUUUCAAUCGAUGGGGCAAGAUUCGAAUGCUCGAGCCGUAUCAACCGAAAUUUCAGCAACAACACAGACAAAGCUGCGCUAUAGUCGAUCCAAGCCCACUCCAGCACCGGAGCUACUCAAAGUUCAACAUCCACUGCAUGGAGCAUCCGGUGCACCAGAUGAGCUGCGUCUCGGCUGCCGGGCCGGCCGCCAGGCUGCGCCAGAACAGCGUGUUCGUAGGCUCGAGCACGUCGCUGAUACCGGCCAGCCAGGAGACGCCCAGGCGGACCAAAAGCGCGUUCGAUCUGAAGUCGCUGGUGCACGCGGAGGGCGCGGGCUCGCAGAACGACGAGGACGAGCGCGACGGUGACACGUUGAGGACCCUCAGGUCUAUCGAGACGUCGCGACUGUUGCAUCGCGAGCGUCGACCCAGCACUUACCAGUUCGACCGUAUGGACGUCCUGGCCAGGCCGACGCUGCAGCGUGAACGUGGCAUGAGUAUCUGUCACUUCGAUAGGACGGACGUCCUCGCCAGGCCGCUGCAGAGGGACCGCGGCAUGAGCAUCUGCCACUUCGACCGGAUGGACGUCCUGGCGAAGCCGACGUUGCAGCGUGACCGCGGCAUGAGUAUCUGCCACUUUGACCGGAUGGACGUUGUAGCGAGACCGGUGCAGCGCGAGCGCGUCAACAGCAUCUGUUACUUCGACAGAAUGGACGUGCUGGCGAGGCCCACGUUUCCACCAGGCAAGUCCCUGCUGCGAGAGAGACGCGUCAGCAUGUGCAAUUUUCUGGAGAGGGACGAGGAACAACCGGACAGCAGGAAUUCCUUGCAAACGGACAGACGACUGAGCGUCAGUAAUGUCGACAAAAUCGAGACCCUUGGGAAAUCGUCGUCGCGCAGGGAUCUGCGCGGCAGCAACAGUAACGUGAUCGACAACAGGCAGGACAGCCUGGUGAAAUGCACGAUACGAGAGAGGAACAACUCCGUGCAUCACUUCGAUCGUCCAUCCUGCAGCAAAACGUCCGACGUCGUGCUCGGAUACAAAGCGACGUGCGUUUAGUCUUCUAGGGCUUUCUUCAAGAGGUCUGGUGAACGGACGAAGAAAACGGCGUUGAUUCCGUCGACGACCCAGUCGCGGAUCUACCUUGGACGAAAUACGGCUGUGAAAUCCUUUCGUAUAAUCGCUUUUUGCUUCAACGCCACCUUUAUCGCUUAUAUUUCUUAUAUUCUUUUAUGGAUUCUCUUGAAAAUAACACAGCCCUGAGCACCGAUGAUCUUUAUCGAACCAUCAAAGCAGAGCGCGACAAUUAAUCGCUUUAUUUGAAUCGGUCAUCCGAAAAACAACGCAAGUCAAUUUUUGUCGCGAUUGAGAUAUUGGGAGAUUCAUAAUCAGAGAAGUUAGAUACACCAAUUCUCUCAAUAACCACAUUAGUUAAAAAAAUCAUUUUUUUUCUAGAUGCCAGGUUUACAAGACUGUCAUUCACAUGAGAUUGAUACUAUAAGCCAGAUUGUGUUUUCCUUACAUUAUAUUCUGUAAAAAUACAUUCAAUAAUGAAUCACUUUAGCAUACUGGAAUUCAGUAGUACGAGUUUAUUUUUUCUAUUUUAUAAAUUAUACGUUUUUUUUAAAUAAGUAUUUUUGAGUUUUGUGAUAUAACCUGUUAUUUUAUAACAUUUUUAGAAGAAUCUGUCAUUACAGAAUUAAUUUUUCUCGUUGCAUUUUGUUUUACAUUCUCUACGUCUUCAAAUCUCUUUUAUCGCCAAUAAUGACUUUCUUGAAUAUUUUAGGAUUGUUCCUGAUUAAUUGCAAGUUGUAAUUGCCUGAGCGGCUUUCAUUCAAAAUUUUUUUCCGAUUUUCUGUCAUCAUUCGUGAAACGAAUUUUGUUUGGUCAUUUCAAAGUGCGACGCUCACGAGUUUGGAUGUUUAGACAAUUGCAUAUUGUUAUCAAUUGAAGAUCAGCUGGACUUUACCGCUUGUUAGGGACACUCAUGAAUGUUCCACUUUCAUAACUGAAUGCUCUGUUUUCUACAAUAGCACCUAGAUACAAAGAUGUAUUCAUAGGUCGGACACUUUCCGGACAGACCUCGCAGAUGACUGAAACAUCAAGCUACAAUUUCGUACUUUGAUUUGCAUUCGUAACAGUACCAAAUGUGAGAUAUAAUAACAAAUAGUUUUUAAUGUUACGCAUUUGGCAACUUUAUCUUACAAAAUUAAAAAAAAAUGUCAUUUUGUAUGCACGAAAGUUCAUUUCAUUGAGAAAUAACGUAAGUCAAAAUUUUCAAAAUUAUUUAGUUUUCUUUUUAAAGGAAUAAAUUGUGAAAGUGUUAUGUUCCGUUCACUUAAUGCAUGAGAUAAUGAAACAUUUUUUAUAUAUAUUUAAUUAUUUAUAGUAAUUGUAUUAUAAGGCUAGAUAGUUUCUUUCAAUCUUCCUAAAGUGAGAUUUUUUUGACUUUUGUUGUUUCUUCAAAUGACCGAUUCAUUUGAAUGUAACGCGAGAUGACGGCUUUCCCUCAUUUCCCUCCUUCGCACGAUAAGCGUCGCUUCGACCUCGCUCGCUCGUUUUACAGACGGAAAACGACCUUGUCUCGGUCCGAGAAACAUUUCUCGUCUAUUUUCCGCGCGCGCGAAAUUGUAAGUGCACUUCAAGUCUUUAGGUGUUCUCCGGAAAUUAAAGGCGCGUCGAGUGGACACGCAACAGGAGGACGGACGUUGAAGAACGUUUUUCAGCGCGGUUUCUCUUCUCUUCUUUUUAUUUUUACCCACCCUUCAUUUUUUUGCCACGAGCUAAAUGUAAUAACGAAACUACCUACCGCGCCUCGAUGCCGUCGCCCUCAUGAAUGAUACAUGACCGGCAUUUCGACGAAUUCGCUCGGGAAAUGCCCGUUGAAUUUUCCUUCGUUACUCGACGAUUCGCUAAUGAUAUAUUCGAGAGUUUCGCUAACUGAACAAUGAAACCGUAGAACGGAUAUAUAUCGCGCGAGCUUGGCUGCGCCAGUUCCCGUAACGAAUACGGUGGCAGAGCGAGCAAUCCGAGUUCACAGGUCGACGAAGAAUCUGGUGAAUAUCGUAUUAAAGUCAAACUGAGAUUGUGUACGUACAAAUAAAUAAUUAAUUUGAUGUUUCAAAAUUUUUUCCACAAUAUGUGGAAGAUAUUGUGUAGUUGUCGGCGAUGUAAUCAUCACUCUAAAUUUAUCAAACUGAAAUCGAAUCGACAUCUCCAUGUAUCGACUCGAUUGAAUGUGCUCCAAAUCUAGAUCACGAUCACCGAUAAUUGAUCGAUACUUGUACGAUAAAUCUUCUAUAUAUGUAUCAAAUCGAUCUGUAUACGUUUAUACGCUGAGAAAAAAAAGUUGUCAAUUUGAUGAAAUUUCUUCAUUUCACUUAUUUAUCUGUUUAAGUUAAAUAUACAAAUGCUUAAACUAAAGUUUAAAUAUUUGAUGCAUUUGAGUUAAAUACAUGAAUCGAAGAAAUUUAAUUAAGUUGAACAAUUUAGUCACGUUAACAACUUUCUUCUCAUUGUCAGUGUAGAUGUCAGUAUCGAUAAAGUGUCGUUUCUUUUCUGAAGAUGAAUAAACGAUCAAUCGUUAUCAAAUCAAACAUCCGAAAAUGCUCGCUAUCAUAUUUGAUCGUCGACUUGAAAACCCGGGCAGCGACGGUAGAUCGUUUCGUUGUAACACGUUUAUUCGAACGGCCACAAUUUUUAAUUAACACGCUUUAAUCGGCGAGGUCCGACGAGCGGGCAGCAUGUAAUUAGUCUAACGGAAAAGGAAUCGAUCGAUCAACUUUAUUCAUCCCUAUUCAAUUUUCCUCUCUGCCUUUCUCUCUUUCCCCUCUUUCCAUCCUUUACCCUUGUAGCCAUAAUUAUAGACGGGAGACUCUUCUUCCUAUUUCCGCGUUUUCUUCUCGGAACUUAAUCCGUAUCGUAGGGAGCGAACCGUAGAAAUUGCUCUAUUCUUCAGAGAGGCGAGGUCUCGCGUAGCAUCUCCUCCUACUUGUAGACGUACGUACGGGCUCUCGUAAAUUGUCUGCACACACGAGGCAGCGUAAAUCGGUUAGACGCAACGACGCGCACGGUCGUUCGAUUUGCAGAACCUGUCAACGCCAUCGAGCAUCAGCACGAGAAAAGAACGGCGCACGCUCUCAGGGAUUUAUUAUUUAAAAUUCUUCAUUGCCAUGGAGGAAAAAAAAGACAUUCUGUCGUUUCAACAUUAGAAUUAUCGAAUGCGCAUUUAUUUAUUUAUCGCUAUUCAAUUAAACAUUAGAGGAGCCUAUUAAUUGAACUAAUGUCGAACAGAUUGAUAUCGAAUGCAACGGUCGGCUCAUUAAUCGAGCUUUGUGGUCGCCGAUGUAUGAAACGUGAUACGUAAUCCGCGCGUUUACGACCGUACGUUUACAUUUAACGAGCGUAACGGUCAUUAAAAUUUCAUUAUCGCGUAAUGGGUUUGAUUCUGCUUCUCGUUUUGGCGGGGCAUGCCACAAUUCUUCGCGAUUAAUGCUGUCGUAAAGUACAAAAGUGUUUAAAGCAUAACUAUUCUAAAGUCACAGAGGGAAAUGUGUAAUAACGUAUUCACCGUCAUAUCCACGAAUACCUGUGUAUAACGAGAUAAUUACCUAUUUUGAAUAAUUGAUAGAUUUACAUGAUACAUACAUAUGUAUAUGCGGGAACUAAUGUCAGAUAUUUUCGGAGAGCCUACAUAUUUUUAUCUGUCGGGGGAUAAGACUAGUAGUUUCUUAAUGAGAUUACUCUUAGUACCUAGUUCCUUCAACGUUGGAAGAUGCGCGAUUACCGCGUUCGGUGCUAGAGAACUAUAUUAGCGUGGUUCGUAGCUGUACACGUGUUUGUAGCUCACGAAAUUAAAAAGAUGAGCUUGUUGAGCCGUCUCGGUGUAUUAUCUCCUUUCAAUUUGAGAUAUUCACGUUAAACGAUAAUUAAGAGCGAAUUUAAAAAAGAAAAGAGAGAUGUUACACUCAAUCCUAGCGUCUCUUAAUUUAUUAAAGGCCCCUGUCUGCUAUUUGAUGCUUUAAUUAAAAGUGCAACGAAGUCACUGUAUAAAAAGAGAGAAAUCAACGUUAUUUAAUCCCGCGCAGUGGAAAGCGGCCUUCAAUAAAAACGAGAUAUUAAUGUAAAAUAUUUUCUCGCGCGCAUUUAUAUAAAAGUGGGAGUGCGAAUUUGUUUGCUGACGAGAUUACCAUUUUACUUUCCUUCUGACGUAAUCGCACGCUUAUAUAAUAAUUAAAAAAGGCUUGGCUCAAUAAUGUAUUAAUCUACGUGAAACAGUAAUCAAUACAGUAUUGAUCCAAACCACGAUCCAAACAGUUGAUUGUAUCUAUAAAAUAAUAAAUAACAUGUCGCACCCUUCCUUGGAAAGUGAAACAACUGGAAAAAUGACGAACCAUAAAAGAGGAGAGUGCCUUUAUCGGUUAAAGCGGAUUAUGGUGCCUGAUAAUAUAAUAAUUUUACGUGAAUUUUAUAAUAUCAUGCAAACCGCGCUUUUUUUGUAACAAUGAAGUUUUCCAGGAAAGGGAAAAAAAAUUCUGUAAAAAUUAAAGUGACUAAUUAAAUAAUAUCGGCAAAAAGAAUAUAUUGUUAAAAAGGAUAAAUUGUUUUUUUUUUCAUUUUUUCAUUUUCACUACCCUUAAAAAAAUCAGUCUUUUUAAAUUGUAACGAUUUUGAUAUCCUUUCAAUAACAAUGAAUUAUUUUUAAUUGUUUUUCUUUCUAUUUUGAGUUCUUCGUUGUUUUAAAAUUUAACGAUCGAUAGUUUACCCAAUUUAAUUAUAGUAAUUCGAAAAUCAACGUUUUUCACUGAGCGUGUUCACUUUUGAAGCAAGGAAGCGAUAUGAAAUCUUUCUUUGAUGUAAAAUGAAAUACUACUUCUCGCGAAUCAGAAUCUCUGUUAUCUCCAUUAUUAAACUUUGUGGAAGUAUUGAACGCAGUUAUAGCUCCCUCGUGUCCUAUCGGAAUUCAUUAAAACAAGGGACCUUCUCUAAUUAGCCGGUAAUGAGAGAAUAUCGUAGAGUAAUUAGAUGUAUACGUACGUAGACAUGUUCAGACCAAGUGUAAGCUUUAAAUUUUAAGAUAUUAUAGUAAUUACUAUAAAUAGUCUUUAAAGACUACUUAUAGAUUACGCGUUGGUUUCAUGACUUCACAUUCGGACGCGUCAGAAACGUUCGUACUUUCAACGACUCAGACUGUUUCCAAUCAAAAGAUUUCGAGAAUUCUAAAAGUGUGUAUUUUUCAUGAAUGUCCGAUAAAUGUUAAGCCACACGCAAUUUAUGUAUGCCUUUUAUGCAUAUAAGAACGAAGCGUUCUGAAAUAAUGCGUUGCAUUAUUUCUGUGAAAUACUCAGUGUUGCAUUAAAUGCGUUGCAUUAAUUCUGUUAAAUAAUCGUUCGACAGACGAUCCUACAUUUAUUUUAGGUACAGAAAUUGCCAAAUACUUUUAAUAGUAAUGAUGAAAGUAUUGCACCUACUUCAGAAACUUCUUGCGAUUUCUUUUUAUAAAUUCCUACGAAUACAUCGGACAUUUCUACAACGGAUUUUUUCCUAUAUUUGUCCUCACGAAGAGUUCGAAAAGUUAAAGAAAAGUACAAUGUAUCAAAGUACUAUGUAUGAGUAAGAAUAAUGUUAGCCUUGAGUGGGAGAUGAUGUAAUGGUAUGAUGAAUGAUUAAGAAGGAUUGGAUCGCUACAUAAAUGACUUCCGGCGUGGAGCAUUUAUUAAAGAAGUUAAUAAAUUAUGUAUACUUUAUCAUAACACAUAGUGCUUAAAUUAUUUAGUUAUUUAUACUUUAAUGAGUUUGUUACUUAUGUAAUUAUAAAUGAUGUAAAACUCCGAUUAAUUAAUAACUACAUUAAUUAUCGAUUUUUACGUCUUACAGUUUACCAUUGUGUGCGUUGAUCGAAUAACUUUAUCUAGUCGUCUCACAAUAAUUUUUCGAUUAUAUGUAAAUGGUAAUUUUGUGAAUAUGUUAGCGAAUGACUUUUUUACAAUAAACAUUAUUUGAAACGAUUA